AUGCCAGAUCGCAGGGCGAGCUCCAUGCUGGUCGGAGGCAGAGUCUUCCACAACGGCCGUUGGCUUGUUCCUCUUCCACUUUUAAUGCUCCUGGUGCUGGGCAGAAUGUCAGCACGGAAACGCCGUUUCACCCAGUUUGUACAGCGCAACUCCACCUACAGACGACGAGGCCGACAGUCAGAAGAGAGGCACACCGCGGUGUGUUCAUGCUUUUGCAAAUCGGCCGUUGCCAAGAUUUGCCAAGCCAUCGGCAAAUUUCAGUGUCAGGUCAAGGUGUGGUUGAAAGUGCUAAGUUUCUGCAGCGGCCAGGAGGCUGCGUUUGCCGUGCCUUGCUGCACGGAGACCUUGGCAGGUGCGCACGACGGUCAAGGCCGCUUACUUGCGGGCUCCGUCACGCUCUCACGUGGCUGCGUUGCCAUGGAGCAACUCACCAGGAUUUCGCCCCACUUGCUUGUCAAGCUGAGCCUGCCCAGUCUAGCUUCUGGAGCAGAAGGUGAAGCAGUCUUGAAAAAGCUUGCGCAGAUGAGGGGCCAGCUGCGGGCACUGAAGGAGGUGUCUGUCCACAUCGCUCCGCCGCGACUGCCCAGGGUCACAGGCGAGAGUCGUGAAGAUCGUACCCAAGCGGUUUCAGGUCUUGCCAGUGCAUUGUCAGCAGCCUUGCCGCGGGGCUUGGAUUCUUUUCAUGCAAAUUUGCGCGGUGGGUGUUUGCUUGCGGACGACUGCGUCCUUGCCGAGCUUGUGAGCGCAACGCCGAAGCGCCUCACACGGCUGGGCCUGGACCUGAACUCCUUCAGCUGCAGAGAUGCCCAUGCUGUUGCGCGAGUCAUCGCAAGGGUCACCGGCUUGCGGGAACUUCGUCUCCUUUUCCACGGCCGGUCAUUCGCAUGGCUGGGCAGCGGAAUGGAAGAUGCUGGCACCGAGGAGCUUGCCUCCGCUUUGCCAGCAGGGCUGGAGAAGCUGCAUCUUAUGCUUGAGUCAUCCUGCCAGGGUGCUGCGGCGCUUUGCAAGGCUUUGCCGGCAAGCUUACAGCAGCUCGCCUUGGACUUGCAGGUUACAGCCCCCAAUGCAAACACCGCGCUGGCUCAGGCCUUAGCAGCAGCACUUGGUGGGCUAACUGUCCUUCAGCUGCGGCUCGCCGAUUUCAACAUGAGCCUCAGCGAUCUCAGGAGCGUGGCAAGUGCUCUGCCAAGCUCUCUUUCUGACUUGCGUUUGGACCUUUGCUGUCGUGACGUCGGCGAUGAUGGAGCCAGCGCUCUAGCAGCCAACUUGCCCAAAGGGCUGGAGCGCCUCACACUUUGCUUGCGGGACUGGCGAUUCACGGCUGUCGGAAUGCGAUUGCUGGCAUCAGCAAUACCGCGAAGUGUAAGGCAGUUUAAGCUGGUUGUGUCAAGCUCCACCAUUGGUGUCAGUGGAGCUAGGGCACUUGCGGCGAACCUGCCUGUGGGCAUGACGCGCCUGAAUAUCUCUCUCAGGCAUUGCUGCCUUGGCCGUGAUGGCGAGCAGGUUUUUCGACCCUUGGCCCGCAGGUGGAAUGCAUUGCCGCACAGCUGGGUCAGGGUGUACGAAAAGACAGCUGCCAGCGUGGGCCUGCAGCGCUGCUGUGAGUGGGACUUGUGGGAGGAUUGA